GUUUCCACUUACCCGCAGGCUCCCUACCUGAUCUAUGUGGAAGUCCUCGAAUGUGAAAACUUUGACACCACCAACGUCCCCGCCCGGAUCCCGGAGAACCGAAUUCGUAGCACCCGGUCUGUAGAGAACCUGCCUGAAUGCGGCAUCACCCACGAGCAGCGGGCAGGCAGCUUCAGCACUGUGCCCAACUAUGACAACGAUGAUGAGGCCUGGUCGGUGGAUGACAUAGGCGAGCUGCAGGUGGAGCUCCCUGAAGUGCACACCAACAGCUGUGACAACAUCUCCCAGUUCUCUGUGGACAGCAUCACCAGCCAGGAGAGCAAGGAGCCUGUGUUCAUUGCAGCAGGCGACAUCCGACGGCGCCUUUCGGAGCAGCUGGCUCACACCCCCACAGCCUUCAAACGAGACCCAGAAGACCCUUCUGCAGUUGCUCUCAAAGAGCCCUGGCAGGAGAAAGUGCGGCGUAUUAGAGAGGGCUCCCCCUAUGGCCAUCUCCCCAAUUGGCGGCUCCUGUCAGUCAUUGUCAAGUGUGGGGAUGACCUUCGGCAGGAGCUGCUGGCCUUCCAGGUGUUGAAGCAACUGCAGUCCAUUUGGGAACAGGAGCGAGUACCCCUGUGGAUCAAGCCAUACAAGAUUCUUGUGAUUUCGGCUGACAGUGGCAUGAUUGAACCAGUGGUCAAUGCUGUGUCUAUCCACCAGGUGAAGAAACAGUCACAGCUCUCCUUGCUCGAUUACUUCCUGCAGGAGCAUGGCAGUUACACUACUGAGGCAUUCCUCAGUGCCCAGCGCAAUUUUGUGCAGAGUUGUGCUGGCUACUGCUUGGUCUGCUACCUGCUGCAAGUCAAGGACAGACACAAUGGGAAUAUCCUGUUGGACGCAGAAGGCCACAUCAUCCACAUCGAUUUUGGCUUCAUCCUGUCCAGCUCACCCCGAAACCUGGGCUUUGAGACAUCAGCCUUUAAACUGACCACAGAGUUUGUAGACGUGAUGGGCGGCCUGGAUGGUGACAUGUUCAACUACUACAAGAUGCUGAUGCUGCAGGGGCUGAUUGCUGCUCGGAAACACAUGGAUAAGGUGGUGCAGAUCGUGGAGAUCAUGCAGCAAGGUUCACAGCUUCCUUGCUUCCAUGGCUCCAGUACCAUCCGCAACCUCAAGGAGAGGUUCCACAUGAGCAUGACUGAGGAGCAGCUCCAGCUGCUGGUGGAGCAGAUGGUGGAUGGCAGCAUGCGGUCCAUCACCACCAAACUCUACGAUGGCUUCCAGUACCUCACCAACGGCAUCAUGUGACAUUCUCCUUCUCAGGCCCUGGAGCCGUGGGGGAUUCAGGGGACCCUCCCUGGGAAGGCCCUUGUCAGAGAAACCCUAAACCAGGAAGCCCCACCCACCCAGCCAUCCACCAAGGGAAAUGGAAGGCAAGAAAUACAGAGAGGAUCAUGUGGUAACUGUAGAGCUUGCCAGGGGGGUUGGGAGAACCAGCCGUGGGGUCCAGACUUGCUGGGGCUUCCCUGCCGCCCCCCCGCCAGCUGUGUCAGUAUUACCACCUGACAGACUCCAGGGCUUACUGCCCUCCAGAGAAAAGUGAUAAAUGUGAGGGACACUGGGGCCUUUCUUCUCCUCACUAGGGUUCAAGAGGUUCUUUCCGCAGGCCAUCCUCUUAAUGUGUCCUGGGUCCCAGGAAGGAGAAAAGAGUAGGUUCUUGGUACUAAGGACUUGAUCCUGUGGUUGGCCUUUGGCCAUGCUGCUGCCCCACUCUGUCACCUCCCAGGGACUGACCCCUAGCCCGAGUUCCCCUUGGUAGGUGGGCUUUGGCAUAGGGUCCUGCACUUGCUGAGGUUCCCCAUCCCAGGAGUGAGGAAGGGAAGGAUCACAGCCCCUUCAGUCUGAGGGUAUUGGCCUAGCCGUGGGGAAUUCCUUGCCCUUAUCCCUUCCCCACACCCAGGGAAAUAGCUCUCAAUUUUUUAUUUUUAAUUUUUGUUUGAAAUAAAGUCCUUAGUUAGCCAUC